AAGCGAGCAAGCGGAUAUAUCGGAUAGUUGACGCUCAUACGAUGCCAAUGUAUCGUCAGAACGUGGUCGUAGUCUUAAAAAUCGCCGUUUUCCUCCGUACGAAACAGGUAAUCGCACGCAGUCAGAAAACAUUCCUGCGCACUGUCCGUGCUCUUAUCAGCCAAUGGCUCGUACGAGCCUCCGUUUUCUUCGGGUGUCUUAUCAUCGCCCUGUGACGCACUUACACUGCAUCAACGACGCGCCCGCAAAACAACCCCCACCCAAAUUCCAUGAAAUCACAACCGGCCACUGUGGAAAGAAGGACAGAAAGUCAGCGAAUACGUUUGUGGGUGGUAACAGAGAAGCCAAUGGAAGAAAUAGUCUUCGUUAUCUAAACGAAAGUUUAGUCAGAUUAAUGGAACUUUCGUCGAUCGAGUGCAUCUGUUCGAAGGCGAGCAUCGAUUAUGCGAACGAAAAACAAACGGUAGCGAGAGAAAACACGUGAGACCGAGGAUCGUCAGGGGCAGCCGUGAUCGAGGUGCACGUUCGAACGGACUCGCGUGUAAAUGCUUCGAAGGCCACCGUGUUGCAGGCAUUCAUCCGGUUGACAGAGGUCCGGGUUGCUUCGACUUGGAGAACGAGCCUGUCGACUGACUGCGCAUCGACCGAUACCUUCUAACGAAGAAGGAAGGCGGUGGGAUUACGGUGAACCGCAAGAACGGAUCUUUGGCUUGGACAAGCUGCUGGCGGUGCCAGAUCCGCGCAUGCUUCAGCAACGAGGCAGUUCAGCAACGACACCACCCGCGACGUCAUCCUCCAACAUGUUCCCCCAACAAUAUUGCCUACGAUGGAAAUACCAUCACAGCAACCUACAGACCAUGUUCUCACAGCUGCUCGAGCGACAAGCUUAUUGCGACGUCACUUUAGCCUGCGAGGGCAAGACUCUCAGAGCGCACAAGGUAGUUCUAUCAGCGUGCAGCACGUACUUCGACACGAUCCUGUCUCAGUACGAAGAGAAGGAUCCCAUUGUCAUAAUGCGGGACGUCAAAUUCUCAGACAUCAAAGUCCUCGUCGAGUUCAUGUACAAGGGAGAGAUUAACAUUGAUCACACGAGAUUGUCGUCCCUGCUGAAAACCGCGGAGGAUUUGCAUAUCAAGGGCCUGGCCGAGGUGAGCUGGCGUAGCGAUUCCACGCAAAAUGAUCUAGGAAACAGCGGUCACAGUCCCGGCGCGGCGACUCCAGGUGUCGAGACGGUCCUCAGGGAAGGUGACGCCGAUGAACCACCACCUCCGAAGCAAAGACGCAGAGGGCGUCCGCCUCUGGACGACCCACCCUCGGCUCACGACGUUUUCACACCGAAAAUCACAUGUAUCACCGGAAAUGUACGUCAAGAGGAAAUGAUGAGCGAGGGCGGUGACCACGAGAGUUGGGACGACGAAAUGAUGAUGAAUGAAAAUAACGAAACGCCACUGCCGGUGCUAUCGUACAUGUCGAAGGAUGACAACGCAUCCGACCAGGAAAAGAAAGCGCCUACCACUCCCUCGAAUUCCAACGCCACGAACCUAUCGAUCCCCGAGCAAUUCCGAGACGUCGUGAAGAUGAACGAUUACCUGACGACGGGACGCCGCCAAGAGUUCUGGGAGGAGCCGUUCACGCGACGCGUUAUGGAUGCCAUUAAGAGCAAAGAACUGGAAAUGAAGACUGCUGCCGAGAUACUUGGCGUGUCUUACGGAACCCUCUACGGCAGAUAUCGCGACAGUUAUGGUUGCCUUAAACAUCCGUAUAGAGUAAGGGACUUUUGGUCAGAACCUGGGCCAGCGGAAGUGUUAGCCAAACUACGAAGGAAAGAGAUCACGUUGUUCCGUGCAGCCGAGUUCCUUAACGUGACCGUCCACACGUUGGCAACCUAUUUGUCAACGCUACAGGGUCCAGACAGGAUUUCGCUGGCCGGUGACUUGAGCGUUGCGUCGGGUGCCAUCGACGGCAACAACGAGACUCCGGAGAAUAACGACUCGGUGAACGAUAUCCUGCAGAAGAUCAACGCGAACGCAGCCACGACAGCGACACCGACAACCUCGACUCCCAUCAAGAGAGAGGGAGGCGGCUAUAUCGAGGUACCAACGCCCGUCCCAAAGCCAGCGACCUCGGUGCUCGAAAACAACCCGGAUAUCACGAUCGUGAAAACAGAAGGCAUGCCCCGCAAACGGGAGUACGCGAAAGUUUCGAACACGGAGAACAACAACGCAAAGCUGAUGAGUGGCGGCGCUGUUAGCGAGGUGACGCAACAACAGCAACAACAACAACAGCAAAAGAUCACCGAUUCGUUGUCGUUGAACAACGACAACAGCAAACCCUAACUAUUCAGGCCUUAUCUGCAACCGGCGAAUCCCCGUGCACCGAGCGCUAACUACAGAUCCGAGCUGUGCCCUCGCAGAUUCUAUUCGAACGUGUUUACUCGCUUCCUCACGAAUUUCCAUUUGAAGUAGAAGAAGGCGAAGAUGAAGAAGAAGGUGAAACGCGUCGCACUGUCCGUGUUAAUAAUUAUUUGUCGUCGUGACGUCGUCGUCGCAGCCUUGGCCCGUUCGUUGACGCUCCACGCACGCCAGCCCACGCCAGCAAAAAUGUAGCUUUAGACAAUCUCGCGUGUACGAUCGUCGUCGUGGCAUAGGUUGGAGUUGCGUCGACAGCAGGCGAAACUGUCGCGAGUAAACAGGAAACAAAAAAGAAAGAAAACGUUAUUAGCGAGAGUUAUAUCGAGGGAUAUGUUGAAUGCGGAGUCGACUUAUUUUCGACGAAGGAGUUUGCCAAGCGAAGGGCUUGUUGUGUUCGGUGGUCCUGCCUUUGGAUCCGGUUCCAUUCUAUCCCGUUGCAUGGGAGCAACGCCUGCCGCAUAUAUUUUCCGAGUAAAACGAACAGAGUGCGUCGAAACUAGAGAACGAUUCCUUCUUAAGAGUUAGUACCUAGCGAUACGGUUCUUCGUUACUUCAAAAUUGGUUUGCUUUAAAUCCAAAGUCAGUAGCGAUUAUCGAGAUCGUGUUUGGCCUUCGUGACAAGGAACAAACAAAAUGAGAAACAGAAGAACUAGGACUAAAAAGAAAGGGAAAAAACACAUAAAAAAGGAAGAAUGAAGAAAAGAGAUGAAUGAAAGAAAGAAAGAAACGUGUAAUAAAGUUCAAUCGAAGUUCCUUUUGAAUAACGAUGUAGGGUGUAUCGCGAAAAGAAUGCCUAGACUAUUUUCUGCCGCAUGUGUCUGUAUGGUAGCACGUAAAGAGCGACAAUAUUAUUCACCCGUAGACCCGUCAGUAUAGCGAUCCCAGAGUGACAGUUCUUCGAGAAUAGAUGUUUCUCGUGCGAUCGUCGUUUUAAACAAACAUUGCACGAGCGUAUAUUUCAGCGGUAUAUUGAAAAUACACUUUUGCAACGGGAGCCUUAAAUCGUUCGAGCGUUAGAAAUGUUUUACAGAUGCGAUUCGCCGAGAUUAUAAUUUGUAGCAUAUAUCAUUUUCUGUCGAAGCAUAUCGGCCAAUGACGAAUUUCGCACUUGUGUUUUCUCUUUCGAACGGUUUAAUUUGUACAUUUCAAGGCAUGCCUUCUCAAGGACGAUCUUUUACUAAAGGAAUAUUUAGAACGUUUAAAUAUUUAGAACGUUAAAAAAAUCGGAAUUCGAUCCGUUAAGGAGGAAACGGUACAAUUCUAUUUUCCUUGUUUCUUUCGCUCACUUUCUGUCUCUCCCUCUCUCUCUCUCUCUCUUUCUCUCUCUCUCUGACUCCCUUUCUCACUAUGUAUUUACGACAGUAUAUACGAUUUAUCGCAUCUAUAGAUGAUAUUUUUUUAGAAACCUCGUUUAAGUAUGUUAUAUAUGCGCGAGCUUUCUUUCCUCCUUUUUUGUUUCCUUUUUUAAAUUUUUUAUUUUCUUUUUUUUAUGUAUAUAUAAAUUAAGUUGUUGACGUCUUAAAUGGCUUUUAUAUAAGCAAUGAUUGCUGAUCGAUAUCAAAUAUCACUUAAAAAGGAAAUACACGCAUAACGUCCAUUGUAAAUAUCGGUGCAAUAGUAAGACCUGAAAUUAAUAUUAUUUGCCACAAAGUGUGCGCUUAAUCGCUAUUUUAAAGGGAAGGAAAAAGCAAAGCAGAAAUGGGGAAACGAAGAAGGGACAUGCUGUUUUUAGCGUAGUGCAAUCGCAUUCAAAUCCAUAUUGCUUUGCAAAAGCGGGGAUGAAAGAAACGAAUGGAAAUAAGAACGGGGAAGAUAAAAGAAAAGAAAAAAAAAAAAAAGAAAAAGGUAUAUCGAUGCGACUAUUUUGGGCCGAUCGAUCGAUGAUGCCUUGUGGUGCGCACCUACUUGCGAGAAACUUGCGAAAAACUUGCGUCUAAACUCGUAAGAAAAACAAAUUGUUCGUUGGCGUCGUGUCUGCGCGUAGCUAGACGUGAGGAAGAGCGAAAAAAAACAAAGUUGCAUGUGCGCACGAUUUAAACUGUACUACAUGAGACAUUUCGACUGGGAAAAGAUAUGAGUAUUCCUGUCCGCUGAAGGCGACAAAAAAACAAACAAACAAACAAAAACACUAAGUAAGAAGUAAUAGUAUAGUAGAGGUAUUCUCGAUAUGAUAUUUUUCGACGAUAUAAGACUUAGUUGUGUUGAGAGGACUUAUGCAGAGAGGGUACUUGUAAAGUAAUCCAGAGAAAAAAAAUGGUGUAAUUUGUGAAAAAAAAAAAGGCCGGACGCACAGG